AUGCCCGACGCAAUGAAGGAGCCCAACAUGGGGCAGAACCAGAAACGAGUUGCUGUCAUCGGAGCUGGUAUUUUCGGAUUGUCUUUGGCGAUCGCCCUGCGAAAGAAAGGGCAUAUUGUGACAGUUUUUGAACGCAAUCGAUAUGACAAGAAUAAAUAUGAGCCAGAGGACGACGAAAGAGUCCAGGCAGCUUCAGUUGACCUUAAUAAAAUAUUCCGGGCUUCUUACGGAAACAAACUGCACUACCAAAGGCUGGCAAUGGAAAGUCGUGCAGCAUGGUUGAGUCUGAAUGAAGGCUUAGAGGAUGCUCUUUUUGUUGGAUGUGGUAUGCUUCGUGUCCAGCCGUCAGACGAACUCGGAGCCUUAGAGAGGGAGACUCUUGCCAACAUGGAACGAGACGGCUUUCGGGACACUCAGUUUGUCAAGAGCAAUGUGGACGAUCGAAAACGGGCUACUAGCCAGGGAUGGUCGGAUAAGCUGCUCGAUUUUGACAUUCCGAACAGCACAGAACAUAGAGCCUUUGACGCUGUUUUGGAUUCCCUUGGUGGCUUAACUAGAUGCAGUGCUGCAUGCUACCAGUACUACAAAAUGGCUGUCUCUGCAGGUGUAGAAUUCAUCUUUGGGUCAGAAGAAGGUGCCUUCCAAUCAUUCAUUGAGGAGAAUUCUGUUGUGGACGCGUCCAAAAAGAGGGUCGUGGGACUGAAAACAAAGGAUGGCAAAAGUCACAAAGCACACGUUGUUGCUGUUGCAGCGGGAUCAUUUUCAACGCAGCUCCUACCAGAGCUGUCUUAUCAUCUAGAAUCUGCCGCUGGCAGCUUGGUAACGUACAAAAUUGACCGGAACAACAAGACUCUUUGGGACAAGUAUUCUCCAGAAAACUUUCCGGUCAUUACAUGGAGAAGUGCCCCACGAGCUUGCGAUGGGAAGGAUACUGGAACGAUUUAUGUGUUUCCGAGAACCGAGGAUGGCAUUAUCAAAAUUGGCUACCGCGGAGUGAAGUUUACGAAUUUUCAGACGGCCCCUAACGGUGUUCCCUUCACUCAAGACGGCCAAUGGUCGAUUCCUCUACCAUAUGAGGACUGCAAGGCUGUUCCACCCCAAGCCGAGGAGGCAAUCAGAACCUUCGUAUCCAUCUUUUUACCAGAGUUUGACGAGGCUGAGUUUUACACGACGAAGUUGUGUUGGUAUACUGACUCCCUAGACAACUCCUUCGUUAUCGAUUAUGUGCCACAUUAUGCGGAUCAGUCUGUUUUUGUAUGCACCGGAGGCAGUGGGCAUGGUGCAAAGUUCAUGCCCGUACUUGGAGAACAUGCAGCUGAUAUCUUUGACAACACUGACCAUGCGGAGUCACAUAUGCGCACCCACUGGCGAUGGAGAGAGGAUAUCCCACGAAUAAAUGGGUUGGAGGAAGGUCCAGAUGGGCCACGCAAUAUCGGAGGCGGGCCGAAGUGA